UGUCGCCAUACUCGGAUUGGAACCUGUGCACACCCGCGUCUUCGGCAAUCCAGGACACUGCCAACGUGCUCAAUGCACUCCUUGCGGCUGGCAUGAGAGAAAUCGCUGGCAAAAUCCACCGCGACGGCGAGCAGCAAGCCUUUUGGAAGGGCACGAGCCACCACGCGCGCCGACCGCGCGAUGCGCAACGUAACGCUGCGCAACUGGUCCCACGCGUCGACGACGCGCCGCGCGAGCCGUCGGCCCACCGCAUCGCUGCGCGGUUGCUCCCACGACACAAUCACGCGAGACGCGAGCCGCCAGCUCAACUUUCGCUUCUUCACAGGCAAAAAAACAACCAUGAAGGCCGUCAUCGUCGCCCUCGCGCUCUCGUCCGCCGCCGCCUUCCAGGCGUCCACGCCGUCGGUGCGUCCGGCCACGCAGCUCAGCGCCUACGUGCCGAGCGGCAUGUCGCCCGAGGAGUGGGAGAAGAUCAAGGCCAAGGAGAAGAAGGCGAAGACGAACCUCGGCGCCGGCGGCGCGCGCGGCUUCAAGUCCCGCUCCUUCGACUCCUUCGUCGCGGCGCUCGAGAAGGGCGAGGCCGACCACCUCUUCGCGGUGAACCCGGAAGAGGUCCGCAAGGGCAACAUCGCCUUGAAAGACGUCCCCUACAUGCAGCGCGGCGGCGCGUGGGACAACUCGGACCUCAAGGGCAAGAAGGGCUGGAUGAAGACGGGCUUCGGCAUGACGGCCUUCAACGACGGCAAGGCCGACAUCAAGAAGAUGACGGCCAAGGACAAGGCCUACCUCAACGCCAAGCCCGACAUCGGCAUCUUCGGCCAGGCCCUCAACUGGGGCGGCGGCGCCAAGGGCGGCGACGACCUCACGGCGCGCGCGAAGAAGAACGGCCUCACGAACGACCAGCAGAUGUGGCGCGACUCCGGCGCGCUCACGGCCAACGAGAUCGCGCGCAUGAACCGGUCGCGCGGCGGCGGCGCGCCGAAGAUCGGCGUCAACAACGAGCAGAAGGAGAAGAAGUUCUUCGGCCUCUUCUGAGCGGUGGGAUCUUCUGAAAGCUUCUGUGUGUGUGUCCGACCUCCGUCGUGUAGCUUUCGCUGCAUCCUCGUCCGAGCGUCGUCUAAAUCUAUCUAUAUACUAGUCUCC